ACUGUCCUGAAGAUUCUCAAGUGGGGUUUCAACAUUAGAGGUCCUCCAAAUUCUCCCAUUGGUGAUCAAAGUUGUUGGUGUUCAAGAUGAAGUUCAUGAAACUUGGAUCAAAACCGGAUUUGUUUCAGUCUAAAGGCGAAAAUAUUCGAUAUGUAGCAACUGAUGUGGCUACUGAUAUAAUUGUAAGCGUUGGAGACAUGAAAUUUUAUCUACACAAGUUUCCAUUGUUGUCCAAGAGCGCUCGUUUGCAGAGACUAGUUGCAGUCUCAGAUAACGGAAAUGAAGAAGUUGAGAUACUUGAUAUCCCUGGUGGGCCUGCAGCAUUCGAGAUUUGUGCUAAGUUUUGUUAUGGUAUGACAGUCACACUCAAUGCUUACAACGUGGUAUUGGCUCGAUGUGCAGCAGAGCAUCUAGAAAUGUAUGAAACUGUCGAUAAGGGGAACCUUGUUUACAAAAUCGAAGUGUUUUUGAACUCGAGCAUUUUCAGGACAUGGAAAGAUUCGAUAAUUGUUUUCCAAUCAACGAAGUGUCUUGUUCCUUGGUCAGAGGAACUGAAAGUGGUCAGUCAUUGUUUAGACUCGAUUGCUUCUAAAGUAUCGGUCGAUACCUCUAAAGUCAAGUGGUCAUAUACUUACAACAGAAAGAAGUCUGGGAAUGAAUCGCCAUGUUAUGAUGGUGCUAAGAAACAGCUUAUGGUUCCAAAAGAUUGGUGGGUUGAAGAUUUAUGUGAUCUUUCAAGUGAUUUAUAUAAACGGGCUAUGAUCACGAUCACGAAAACAGGAAAAAUGAGCUCAGAUGUUCUUGGUGAAUCGUUGAGAGUAUAUAUGCAAAAAAGAUUACCUUGGUUUGGGGGAAAAGGCUGUAGAAAGGACGGGAAUGAUCUAAAAACCCGCUCAUUGAUUGAAAUGAUCAUUGGGCUCCUUCCAGAUGAAAAAGAGAGUGUUUCUUGCGGGUUCUUGGUUCAUUUGUUGCAUGCGUGUGUUAUUUUGGAGUGCGCAGGAUCACAAAAGAAAGAACUGAUUAGAAGAAUAGGGAGACAGCUGCAUAAUGUGACAGUGAAUGAUAUUGUGAUUCUUGAUAUUGAUUUGGUUCAAGAACUGGUGGCGAUAUUUAUCAUGCAGGAUCAGAAUGGUGAGAACGAGUUCUUGGAGGUAAAACGUGUGGACUCUACUGCGAAAGUCAACGUGGCCAAAAUUGUUGAUGGUUAUCUUGCUGAAAUCGCAAAGGAUCCAAAAAUGCCAUUGGUAAAGUUUGCUGAUCUUGCGGAUAUGGUGUCAACUUUACCAAGAUCAACCCAUGAUGGAAUUUAUCGCGCUAUUGACAUGUAUCUUAAGGAACAUCCUGGUAUCGGAAAGAGUGAAAAGAAAAGAAUCUGCAGGCUAAUGGAUUGUCGGAAGUUGUCACCAGAUGCUUGCAGACACGCUGUUGAAAAUGAGCGACUCCCUUUGCGUGUUGUCGUGCAGGUUCUGUUUUUUGAGCAAGUUCGAGCCACUACUACUAGCGGCACAAAUGGAGAGAUCAGUGAGAUGCUGCCUGAAGUCACCAGUGGUAUGCUGCCAGGUGGAUCUCAUGGGAGCUCAAGAACUAACACGGAAGAAGAUUGGGGAUCAGUGCCUACGAGUGAAGAGCUAAAGGCACUGAAAGGAGAGCUCGAGAAAGAUGUUGGGAAGACGAAUAAAGUGAAGGGAGUACUAAUUUCCAAAAGGAUACUUAGGAAGGUAUUUUCGGGAAAGGAUAGUGAUAAUGGGAGUUCAGAUACAUCUGAUAGUCGCUCCACGAAUGCAGAGGAAGUGAAGGCGUGUACCCCACCGUCUAGGAGCAGGAGGCAGUCUUUGUCGUAGGUUUGUGUUUUAUGUAAAUGGUUGUCUCCAGAUUUUAGGAUGUUAAAAAAACAUUUCUGUAACUCAAACGAAGGCGAAUGUUGCCUGUUCUUUGAGGUUUUUCUAUUUAGCAGAAUUAGAGAGUUUCAGUACUGUAUUUGGACAAUAUAAUGUAGCAGUCAACAAAUGUUUGUCCACCUCUCCCUCCCUUAGACUGUUUGAAUGUUUUAAGAUAUAAGAAAAGAAACUGAUGGCUGCUCUGGCAGCGCAACCACCAUCAUCUUUC